AUGACACUGCGUAUUCCUUUCCGAAAAAGUUCUGGAGUAGGGUUUGAAGAACAUGAUAUACGAUUACAUAGGACAUGGAACGUCGGCGAUGAUAAAUUAAUUAACUGGCGAUUAUUGGAUACACCGAAAGCUAUAGGUCAUCUACAAUGUCAAUCAAGUUCCUCUAAGCCACAAUGGUCGUCCAUUACCCCAGUUUCUAAAGAACGUAAAGCUCUGUCCGACCGUUGCUCGAUUACUACAACAACUACAGUCGAAUCAGCGGCUCAAGCUAAUAGAAAAAUUUCAUCAUCUUCACGCUGCUCAACAUCAAGAUGGCACUAUCUAAAUUCUGCAGUAAAGGUUCCAAAAUUGCCAGAGUCAAAACAGCAAUAUGCUAAUGCAGUAGGUGAAAAGAUGUCAAGUUCCUCUGGUGUCACUAGAAGUAAGAAACCGAGAGAAACCCGAUAUUAAACGUAGCCCAAUAAUAAACGCGCCAUUAUUCCUGCCAAAAAUGCGACAAGUGAUUCGAAUAAAGAGAUACUUUGCCGCCCGUACAUUCAUUCAAUAAGCUAUUCAGAAAACAAAUUUGGACCGAUUCUAUUCAGCGUACAAAAAGCCGAUUUUGCGAUAAUGAGGAACUGUCAGUUACUAUAUCCCUUGUGAAUAACUAAAACCUGUAUCUGCAGAUGAUCAUUUUGCACCAAGUUUUCUCCUACUGGCCACUCAAGUGAAAAUGUUAUUUUUGACCAUCUCCUACGCCUCUAUGUUCUGCGGUACACGUUAACUUGAGUAGUAAACGCUUCAGUCGAUCUGGCAAUGUCAGGGUCUUCGCUUGAUGUCCUGUCGAUUAGCAUAAGCUAAUAAUGUUCAGCUUUAUCAUAGUCUGUCAUUCUCCGCAACAAACAACUUAGACUGUUUAGUUCGGACUUCGUCUAGACUUCGUUUUGUAUUUGUCCUGUCAGGUUCCUAAGGUCUUGGCCUUCCUCUCCAUUCAGAAUGAGCUUCACAUUCCAAAUAUAACUUCACAUUUCACACUUGCAUUUCACUCAAUUUCACAUUGAGCAGAAUUAUGUGCUCAAGUCAUACAAUAGUCUCACCACCAAACAAACAAUAAAAUAAUUAUACACUCUGAUAUAUUGAGGUUACUUCUGCUAACUGCUGUUGACCGCUCAAGACAUGCGGAUGUGUGCUGGGUAAA